AUGAGAUUCGAAUACAUAGUUAACAUAUUUGUUUUGUUGCAGGCGCUACUGCAAGCUCACGAUGUGGUAUCACGCGAGGUGUACGGCGAGGACGCAGUACGCGUGACGCCGCCCCCACUUCUGCCUUACUUGAACGGCGGCGGCGCCGAUGACCUUGACGCCGCAUCGGCCGGCGGUGACCUUGACGCCGACAUCGCCGACAACGUCACCAGGGUCAGGCUGGUGCAGUUUCAGAAGAACACCGAUGAACCGAUGGGCAUAACAUUAAAGAUGAACGAAGAUGGCAAAUGUAUAGUAGCUCGGAUCAUGCACGGAGGUAUGAUCCACCGGCAAGCCACGUUGCAUGUUGGCGACGAAAUCAGGGAGAUCAACGGGAUACCGGUGGCCAACCAAUCCGUUGGACAGCUGCAGAAAAUACUCAGGGAAGCCAGAGGUUCAGUAACAUUUAAGAUAGUACCUUCAUAUAGAAGUGCACCGCCACCUUGUGAGAUUUUUGUUAGAGCACAAUUUGACUACGAUCCGUUACAGGACGACCUUAUACCGUGCGCACAAGCGGGGAUUGCCUUCAAAACUGGUGAUAUUUUACAGAUAAUUAGUAAGGACGACCACCACUGGUGGCAGGCUAGGAAAGACAAUGCUGCCGGGUCGGCGGGCCUGAUACCCUCUCCUGAGCUACAAGAAUGGCGAGCGGCGUGCGCGGCCAUGGAAAAAACGAAACAAGAACAAGUCAAUUGCUCAAUAUUCGGGAGGAAAAAGAAACAAUACAAAGACAAGUAUUUGGCAAAACACAACGCUGUGUUUGACCAAUUAGAUUUAGUUACAUACGAAGAAGUUGUCAAGUUACCAACGUUCCAGAGGAAGACAUUAGUCCUGCUAGGUGCUCACGGCGUCGGAAGGAGACACAUAAAGAACACGCUUAUAGCCAAACAUCCUGACCAGUACGCCUAUCCCAUACCGCACACGACGCGGCAACCUCGCUCAGACGAAGAAAACGGCCGCAACUACUUUUUCGUGUCCCAUGACGAGAUGAUGUCGGACAUCGCCGCGAAUGAGUACCUCGAGUACGGCACUCACGAGGAGGCGAUGUACGGUACCAAGCUGGACACGAUCCGACGUAUCCACCAGGAAGGCAAGAUGGCCAUCUUGGAUGUGGAACCACAGGCGCUCAAGGUGCUCAGAACGGCUGAAUUUGCGCCGUUUGUUGUUUUUAUUGCUGCGCCUACAUUGCAGAACUACGACGGCAGUUUAGAGCGUUUAGCAAAAGAAAGUGAGCUGAUGCGUCACGCGUACGGUCACUAUUUCGACUUGACGAUAGUGAACAACGACAUCGACGAGACGAUCGCCCAAUUGGAGGCCGCCAUCGAGAAGGCGCGCACGCAGCCCCAAUGGGUGCCCGUCGCGUGGGUCUACUGACCGCAGACGCAGGCGGGCUGUUACGGCGGGUCUAACUCGAUGCCUCGAGGUAGACACCGCCGCAACCGUCACCGCCAUAACGCCAGACGCGGCUGGCUCUCCAGCGAGAACGUCGUGAACUACCAGGACGAAGUGCACGACUGCAGCGCCAUCAGUUACGACGACGGCUGCUGCAGCAGUGACAGCGCUGAUAGCAUCUGCUGAGGGGAGGGCGUGGCGAACGGACUGAGGGGGAGGGACAAUGAAGAGGAAGACACGCCUUUUAUGGGACGUACGGACUGUGAGGCGGAUAAAAGCAAAGUUUCACUUUCUAGUUAUGUUGUUAAGGUGUUGCGCGCGAUGAUCGCUUGCGAUAUGUUUCUCUUGCCUAACACGACCGGAUGACGUUGAUUUUGAAACAUGAAACGUAUAAAAAAAUUGAUGACAUAAAAUUAAGACAAAAAAGGAAUUGUAUUUCAUAACAGGAUUAUCGCAAAUAGCAUGGUGGUAUGUUGAAUCUUGGCAUGGCACACAGCCUCACAUUUUCCAACAUGAAAUCAAAUGAUUUUUGGAAUGGCCGUAUAAAGCAUUUACUAGUACUUGGCAGCUGACUCUUAGGGUGGUCUAGUGUAUGCUUUAGGUCAGCUACUGAAUGUCAACAGCUAAUCAACAAGUGACAACUGUUGGAAAUAAUUAAUUUGGUGAAGCUCAGAACCAUAUUUAAAACUUUGUACACUAAACACUGACGAACAAUUAUUUGAUUUGACUUUUUGAAAAUCAUUGUAUUUUUGUGCUUACAAAAUUUCCAAAUAAGAGCGUUGUUAGACAGUAAAGAAAAAGUCACAACAGAAUACCACUAUCUUCUGAUCCAACGUUACCAUAUCAGUCAGAGACGAGUGUCAUUUGUUGGUAUGGGGUAUUUAGAAAAUAUCACUAGAUCAUCAAAGGUUACUUACUUUCAAAAAUGGUUAUGAAGGAAUGCUUCAACAUUAUUGGAGAGAAGUUAUAAUUGUUAGUGAAUCACUGUUUAGUGUAUGGCGAAUUUCCUUCAAAAUUGAAAUGUUCUACAAUUACUCCUGUUCCAAAAGUGCAAAAUUCUGAGUUAUAUACAAACAUGCGGCCAAUUAAUGUACUGCCAGAUGUCGAGAAACUCUUAGAAGGAAUCAUAUAUGAGCGAGUAAUUGAAUAUAUUGAAGAAAAUAAGAUAUUCACAAAAUUUCAAGCAGGAUUCAGAAAAAAAGUAUUCUGCUGAAACAGCACAAUCAAAUGGUAGUAGAAGAAUGGAGGCGAAAUAUGGAUGAAAAAAGUUUACAGUAAUAUUGUUCUUGGAUUUCAAGAGAGCAUUUGAGACUAUUGACAAGGAUAAAUUGUUAACUAAAUUACAUUACUAUGGAUUUCAAGCUUCAGUAUUCAACUUAUUACCAAAUUAUUUAAUCAAUGGAAGUCAAAGAACUAAAAUUGGCAAUACAUUAUCAAGCAUCUAAAACAUUUCGGUGCCACAAGGUAGCAAAUUAGGUCUUUUACUGUUUAUUUUUUAUAUUAACGAUAUUCCUGAUGUUUUACAACACUUCAAAAUUCACCUAUUUGCUGAUGAGAUACAUUAAUAUAUAUAUAUAUUAUAUCAAAUAAAGACAUUGAGUACUGCAAUAGAGCUGUUAAAUAAUGAUAUGAAAAACGUAAUAAAUUAGUUAAAUGUGAAUAAACUUAAACUACACAUCAAAAAAACAAAAUAUAUGCUAAUAGGAAAAUUUUUAGAUCAAAAUACGAUAAAUCUUACAAUUAAUCAUAAAAAAAUUGUGUCAAUCGAAUCACUUAAAUAUUUGGGCAUAUACGUAGACAGUAAAUUAAAAUUUGAAGGGCACUAUGAAUAUAUUAUUUCAAAAAUAUCCAAGAAAAGAAAAUAAUAACUUAUGGAAUUUCGCAUAGCCUAAGCGUUUAUUCUAAAAAAAUUGUGUACAACACUAUCAUUCUUCCUCAUUUGUUAUAUUGUUCGACUACUUUGUUCAAUGCAAAUGCAACUGUAUUUUCAAAAUUUCAAAUAUUACAAAAUAAAGCUAUGAAAAUCAUCUUAUAUAAAAACAAAUGUACUAGAUAAUUUUUAUGCUGAAAGAACUACAAGGGUCAAAAAUAAAAAAUUUCAUAGCCUACUUGGUUUUCAUUUUCAUAUUCAAGUUAAAAAAUCAUCUACCAAAUCACUUAGAAAAUUUUAUUGUAUUGAACAAUGAGUGCCACAAUUAUUCUACUGGAAAAAGUAUAGACUUUCAUUUACAAAACUGCAGUAGCAGUAUAACGAGCAAGUCAUUAUUUCAAAAGUUAUUGUACGAAUUUAGUAAAUUAAGUAAUGAUAUCAAGAUGUGUGUCAGUUUGAAAAUGUUCAAAGGGAAAUUGAAAAAAUAUCAUGGAAAACCAGAAUUCACAGUAGUUAAAUUUUGUAUAAAAAUAUGUAGACAUAAUAUAUUUUGUGAUAUACUGUGCAAUAUGGAUAUUAUGGACAUUAAUGCUAGAUAAAUCUCAAACAAAAAAACUUGGGACGUUUGAACGAGAUCAAGCUCGGGAAAAAUAGAUUAUAUGAGCUGACAAUCAAUAACAAUGCAUAUAACUUGUAGAAUCAUACUCUAGGCAGCGCUACGAUUCUACUGUUGAGUGCUAUUGAAAGCAGCCAAUGGCAUUCCAUUUCGUACUUUAUCGACCCAAAUCAUUUCAUAUGUGUUCCGUGAUUGUUUGACUUGAAUUACUAAAUUAUGAUCCCUCUAUGUAAAUAUAUUGACUAAUUUAUCUUACCCUUGAUGACUUGCAAUCAACUACACUACCAUCAGUUGUCUUCCCCCACUACAUACAAUCAAAUAACAUAAAACGCAGCGACACCCCGACUUAGUCUGGUAAAAAAUCACUAUUCAAUUACAAAGAAUUGAGUUGCAGCCGUAGAAUUUUUAUAGUAUUUUGACUAAAGUUGUUUCUGAACAACUUCAACAGUUACACAGCCAUAUUAAAUAAGUCAGUGAUUUUUAACCAAACACAUACUAAGAUGUAUCUUACUAAAUUUAAAUCUGGGAUCAUAAGAGCAUCUCUACUGAUUACUUUUUGAUACACUCUCGAAAAUUUUGAUAUUUAGUUAACACCAAGGUAAUAUUGAAACUCCUUUCAAGAAUAAUCAUUAAACAUGAGGUUCUUCAAGAUUGGAUAAGAGUAUAUUUUAAGUAUCCAGUCUAAAUAUGAGAUAUACCCUGUCAUCUAUAAAUAUACUCGUAAUUAUCAAUAUACUCACUGUACGUAUACAUAUGUCCAUAGAAAGUGUGUCUAUCCUCGUAUCUUCCGGACAUUAGCGUUAGAACGUGAAAUUCACUGUUUUCAAACCUUUCUAUCGCACUGUGUGAAAUGCGUGCAGAACAUUUGUUAUUUUAAACUUCGCUUGUAAGAUAUAUAUCAUUUUAUUGCCAGUUUCUUUGUUUGUUUUGCACAAAAAUUAUCACAUCAUUCCAAAGCUUCCCAGAGGGGUCAAUAUUAUUUCUUAUGCAAACUGUUAACGAAUAAAAUAACUUUUACUUACUAUCUUAGCACUUUCUAUCACUAUAAACGACAGAAACUGCUAUGCAUGCAUUAUUCUGAUUUAUUUAGGUAUAUUUUUAUUAGAAUACUCAUUUUAAAUAUGUAUCGAAGAGUAACUACCGCAAAUAUCACAGUAUUUAUAAAGCUUUCUUCUGUAAGACUGAUUUGUUUUUAACAUACGUCCUUACUAAACUGAUUUCAUGAUAUGGUAAUUUUAUGUGCUUUUUUCAUCAAUUAUUUAAAAUUAUAGGCACUUUAUAUUCACGUUCAGGAUGGCCGAAAGAGUACGAAUUACUGUAUUUGACUGCGCAACUAGAUCGCUUGAAAUCACUGCGGUAUUAGUUUUUCUUCAUAGUUGGUAUUUAAUUAAUUUGGAUGAAAUCAAUACUUUCUAUGUUAAGAUAAGUAUAUUCAAACUGUUUGAAGGAAGACUAGUAUCAGUAAAUAGCUGCCUACAAAGAAAACCCAUAUUGUUGCCUCUCUGAAAAAAGUAUAUCUUAAAAUUCUUACCUAAAUUUUGUUUGUCCGAAUUUGAAACUAGAGGUGUAUAUUCGUAAAGGGGAGUUUACACUAGCAUGUAGCGCUUGCGUGAGUAGGACAUGCAAGUUGAUGCAAACUGUACUUGCAUUCAAAUUAAGGUUUACACUACAUACCUACCUUUGCAAGGGAAACCUGUUUAAAAUCCAGUCAGUGCAGCUAUUCAUCUGGUGCGGAAAUGACGGAUUAUAUAGAUAUAGAAGACGCUCGGGCUGUAGUGAGAGUUGCAGUUAUAUGCGAUUAGCUUUCUGAGGAAGCAAACGAGAUACUAUCAAAAAUGAAGAUGAGAAAGAAAGGUCAUGUUGGGAAAGAAGUUGGGUAUCAAGAAGGUUGCAAUCAGGAGGAUCAAGACUAUUAGAGAUGAAUUCUCGCGAGAAGACAAAGAUGGCUCUAGAAACGUCCUCCGUAUUUCAAAAAGUAUAUUUGACGAAUUGUUAGAUCGUGUGAAACAGUGCAUACAGAAAAAAUAUACUAAAAUGAGGGUAGCCAUACCAGGAAAAAUUAAGUUAGAAAUUAAGGUAUUUGGCUGCAGGAGAUUCCUUUGCUUCCCUACAGUAUUUUUAUCGAGUACCAAAAUGGACUAUUUCAAAAUUUCUUCCUGAUGUCUGUGCUGCUAUAUAUGAAGCACUGCAGGAAUUUGUUCACGUCCUUAUUAUUUACAAGAUGUCUCGUAAAUAACAGCCAAACUUCAGGAGGAAAUACCAAAGGCAAAAGUAAAAAAAUAAUUUCUGUACAACAUUCCUUAUUAAGAUGACAAAACACUCUCGUCACUUGUUUACAAGUAGUAGUUGUUUGCAGGCAACAGGUUUACACAGGAGAGUCCAGCUAGCGUUUAAGUGGAGAUUUUGCAAACGUUAUUAGUUCCGUAAGUAAUUUCUGUCAAAACAAUUUAUUUGCGGAAGCAAGAAAUGCCUGAAAGUCCGCGUUGAAAGUUAAGCUUUCGUGCAUAUUAGUGUUUACAUUUGCAAGUUUUUCUGCAAGUUGGAUGCAAAUAAAACUUACGCAAGCGCUACAUGCUAGUGUAAACUCCCCUUAAUGCAUUGAAUAUAACACGAAUGGUUGUGAUAUGUUCUCCCGAUUUUUCUGUUGAUCCGCGGGAAUUAAAAUGUAUACUUAAGGUCAUUCGACCAAAAAGAAGGCGUUAAUAAAAGGGGUAUAAAUCGGCGAAGCCAUUUUUAACCACACCUUGAAUAUUUACUCGAUAAUUGUUAAAGAAUAAGCAUUCUGUAAUUUUACGUACCUUCAAGGAAUUCAUUAAGCAAGCAGAAUUUUGUGCGGCAAGGACAAAAAUCAAUGAUCUACUUUGACUGACUUCUUGCUAUCCUAUAAAAAGGAAAAAUAGGUUUUUGUAGCUAACCUAAAUGGACAUGUUGAUGAAUUGUUAAGAAUAUAUAUUUGUUUAAAUUAUGUCUCUCAGGUGAGUAGUAACACUUUUUUUUUUAGUAAAAUAGUAAUUGCCUUCAUAUUAAUCUAUAGUAUCGUAUUUGGUCCAUAAUUCCAGCAGGACCCAAAUGCUUAUUUUUGAUUUGUCGAAUUUGUGACUUCUUUUCGAUUGGUGGAAUUGGUCACAAAUUUUGGCUCGGGCGCAAAUAAAAUAAGUUUUUGUAGUCGAAUCAGGUGAUAUACGAAGUAUUUCUUAAUUUGAUAUGAGAGUUAGGCUCAUCUUACACAAAUUGUAUAGUUUUUAUCUAGUUUGAGAGAUAUUCUACAAAAAACCGACCAUAUCUAUUAGAUCCAUUACCAGUCUUGCCAGGUCUGGUGAAACCUCUUUGAAAAAUGCCAAUUUCUGGUGAUUUUUAAAAUUUCACGGAUCUUGAAUUACUAAAUUUCCGAACCGGUAACUCUUUUCUCGUUUGUAUACUACGGUCUGCGAUAUCCCUUGAACUAUUGUGGGAUUCACCACAGUAUUUUCAUUGUUCUUGUUUUGGUUUUCGUCAUUUGUAAAAAAUAUAGGAUUUUUUCAUAAUAAUUCUGAUCUGGGUAUUAAAAAGUAGUUCAAAAUCAUUCAAAAACAAAAGGAAAAUGCAUUCAGAUUGUACCUUACUUAGGUAGGUGCUAAUAAGAUAAUCUUUUACUGCCUUUGCCACAGUAGCAGGAAAUGAAUAGUGAAUUGUUUUUUACUAAACAACUUAAUUAUUAAGUUGUAUGCAAACAUUACAAAUGCAUUUUUUUUGUUUACAACUAGUAAUACAGCUUAAAAAAUCAACUUCUGGUGAUUUUUCAUUCCAAUUUCUGGUGAAUCUUAUUUUUAGUGACCUGGCAACACUAUCCAUUGCUUCAAAAAAACCGGUCUCAUUGGUUGAAUUUGUGCCACAGACGCAAAUUUUAAGCGUGCAACGGAAUAGAUUUUUUUGUAGACAGCUGUUUAAAUCUCUGCCCCAACCAGUAGUGUGAAUAGUGAUUGUUCCAAUGUUAUUCAAGGUCAGUUCAUAGAGGGGAUUCAAACGGAACAACUUUUAUCAAAUCUUUCUUUAAGGCCCUUUUUUCGCUUUUUUCAACUACCUGUUUGCAACAGUAUACUAAAUCCUUGUCAUCUGAUUACUUCAUGAUGUGUAUAGAGAUGACGAAAAAACAUCGUUUUUAUUUUUUUUUUCAUAAAAUGCACUUUUUGUGCAUUUUAUUGUGGAAUUUUUCUUCGAUCGUAACUUAUUAACAAAUAUUAGUACAGCUCUCAAAUUGUAUGUGAAUAUUCCACUUUUAUGGAUGAAUGAAACAAGUGAUUACUUUUAUUCGUAUCACUUUUUCUCUUCGAAAAAUAUUUGCUUUUCUUGAAAACCAAACUGCUAGACGAGGAAUAUUCACACACAAUUGCAGAGCUGUACUUAUAUUUGUUAAAUAGUUCCAACUGAAGAAUUGAUUUUACAAAAAAAAAUUAAUACAUUGUUCUUUAGUCAUCUCUAUACACACCAUAAUAAAAUUAUCAGAUAAUUAGAAUACUGCUGCAAGGAGGUAGAUGGAAAAAAUCUAAAAAAAUGGGCACGACCACCUUAAGGGAUCAUUGGCAGGUUUAAGCAGAGGGUGCGAACAUUACCGUUUCUAGACCAUUCAGAAAAUCGAGACAGUGGUUACUGCCAUUAUCCUUACAGCUAUGACUCGUUGCAUUUGAAUCCAAUUUCCAAUCUCACAGUUUAGCUUGAUCAGAUUAUAUGUGGCAAAGUUUACAGAAAAAACAUGAGUUGGAUCAUCGGCAACUCUGGCUGGUUUUCUGGAACAACUUCUGUUUAUUCCAUAAACUUUGCGUGUACGGUAUUUUCACGGAAAAAGCACGAAACAUACAGUGUAUCAUAGAAACAGCACUGCUGCUGCGUUGUCACGUUUACUAAACUGAGUUGAUUUGUUUUGAAUAUACUCGCUAUACUAAUCAGUUAAUCAAAAAUGUCGAUCGAUCUGUAGAAAGAACCGUAGAAUGUACCUUGAAGAAUAUGAAUCCACAAAUGUAUACAGGGCUGCAUUGAUACUUCCGUUGCUGCGUUAAAGGUACGUUUCGCGUUAUGGCUUCCGCGAUAUAUACUUCAUAGGUAAUCUAAACAAAGGAAAUACUCCACUAUUCUUUUCGGGUCAAAAUUGAAGGUGAACGAGAAUUAAAUCAAUCAAAUAAGCUGCAAGUAAGCACAUUUACAUAUAAAAAAUAUGUUAGAGACGGAAAUUUUGCUUGCAGUUUAAAUGUAGUCAUCUUCCUGUUAAAGUCCAACGAAUUCAGUAAAAAGUGGACGCAUAUUAUAAAUUUUUGACACGAAAGAAAGGCCUCCGUAAAUUUUGCCAAGAAAAAAUAAUAGUCAUCAAAGGGUAUUUUGGGGCUUAAAUAAAUAGUAUUUCAAAUCAAAACAACGCUUUUGAAAAAAUACCAUGUUUAUUCAUAUUAUCAGUAUAGGUGUUAUGGUUUUAUCCACAUGACCCUACUGUUUUUACAGAUGACCAUUCUUCGACUAAAAUUUUCAGUAAUCUUCAGGCACAAUUUCAGUUCAAUUUCAUCAGUAACUACAAAUAGUCCAUUCAAUACCGGCAGUACAGCAGACAUAGAAGGAUACUCAUAAAGACUGGCACGCCCAUCGGUGAACCCAGGAAGCAGAAGCAGAGUCGCGUAUCGGAAAUAAUACUCUAUCUUGCUAAAUUUUAAAUGCAAAUGUAAGGGGUAAUCUAUGAUGUGUGAAAUAUGUCCAAUAGGUGCAAAGUAUUACCGGGGUGUCAGGAGCUUCUGGAAUAUCUAAAAAAAAACAAGUUUGAGCGAUUUUUUUUCGACCGACGGAAAUGAGUGACGGACAUGGUUCUUCUGGAUGUACAUGUCACAUAACAUUCAAUCUUCUUCAUCUUUCGACAUUUAUCGCAAUUACAAUACGCCAUUAUGCGAGGGAAGUAAAACGAGAAUGAUUUUUUCCAGUUAGCAACCAUCGGACGUUGAAAAACGGCGCGAAAUAUAAAUCCCCAGGUACCUAUGGGAUCAUCCCUUACAAAUAUUCCCUAAUUCGGUGAAUGUUGAAAUCUAAAGUCGACCAAUGACAAUACAUUUAAAACAAAAUGUUUGUAAUUUGUACUCUCCCAACCAGUGAAACGGAUUAAAAUUUUCAAUUAGGUCUAUAACCUCAACAACAACAUGAAUGUGAACUUUAACAUUAUAAGCAGUCUCAUGAUAUUUCGAACUAAAAGGUAGCCUUUUUAUAUUGUCUAUCUAUCUAAUAGCCUAGCAGUGUUCCGAAAUAUUCCAGGUUUUAUCCGCAACCACCAGUUGCUGGUGCAUUCUAGUGAAACCGUUCAAUCUUGACCCGAAUUACUCUAGUUACUUUGAAAUUAUUCGUAAAAUUGAAAUCCUCUGACAGCAGAGCACAGUUCGCCGAAGUGAAUCCACCUUAACUAUAAUAUAAAUAUCUAGCUUUAAACGAGGCGCGCACUGUUGAAGCUGCAGAUAUUUUUUUAAAAGCUACCGCGAAAAUAAAAGUGUUCAAACCAUGGGUGGAUUUAUUUCCAGCGACCUGUAUAAAAUCGCACAAUAUAAAUAUUGUAAAUACGUGAAAGUAAAUUGCUUUGAACUUUCAAAAAAAAAAUGAGGAAAAUUACAUAGAGCACACUUAAAAAUUAUUAUAAUUCUAAUGUGAUGAAUUGUAAAAAAAUAUGCAAGUUAUAAGUGCUCAUCGUGGUAAAAUAAUGAUCAUUUAAGUUUUAGGGCUAGCUACAUAGAAAUGCGUGCACAGUAUUUUUUUCCAUUUUAUCCUAGAUUUCAAUAAAGUAUGUUAUAUAUAAUUAACUGAUUGAUCUUUCUGUGCAUGAUUCGUUAGUAAGGAUGUUCCUAAAUAACAUUUAUUUAAUUAAUAAAAAGGCCUCCUCUAAUUAUUUAAAUCGAGUUAUCGAACUAAAAUUCUGGGUAAUGGAAUUAAUGCAAUCAUAAAAGUGACAGCUGAAAAUAUAUUUAAUUGUAAUGGGGGUCACAUGAAACCUCAUUGGAAAGCUCUUUAUCAGUACUUCAUAAUCCUACAGUAUAGACUUAGUAUCUUUCAAAGUGGCGGACUGUUAGACUGUCGAAGUUGAGCGUUUUCCAUUUAAAAAACCAAAAGAUUGCGCCUAAUCGCCGUUUUGAAAUUUUCAACUGCCAGCCUUACGUUGAAAUAUAGUAUUCAUGCAAUAAUUUUCAUCACUCCGAAUUACAGCUUGCUGCUGUACUGACCCCAUCAACUAAAAAGUGGAGUGGGGGCAUUUGAAAAGCUCUGUAUAAACAGGGUGUUAAUUAUGUACUAUAAAUUUAACAGAUGUUCUCAAGAUACAGGGUGUUAAAAACCAUUUUUGGAAAGUGUAGGACCAUAAAAAAUGGAAGAUCUGAAAUAAUUAUUUAAACAUACCUGUUUGCUAUAAAAAGUUAUCAAUCAAAACUUGUUACUCAAGAACACCACACAUUUUUAUUUCCUGCAGUGAUCAUCUUUAAGAAAUCGGGACGUAAUUUCUAUGAAGCUACCCAUUGAUUAUUCCAUGUUAAGCAAAUUCCAAUAGUAUAUGUUUUAUGAGUGUGACAGAGAUCAUUACCCUUGUCAUGUAGCGCAUUUUAAUCAAACAGAUGUAGACAUAUUUUUAUUAACCAAAGUUACCUUACGUUAUAUAAACACACGUGUCAUAACCAAAUAUUUUUUACUGUUCAAACUACCGUUUAAUUUACAUUUAUGUGUAUAUAUCAAGGUCUUAUAUAAUUAACAGGGCUUGGGGCACUUCAAAGUCUCAGAAAAAAUGUUUGUAUGUGUAUCUAAAUAUUUUAUCCAAUGUAGCUUUGCAGAACUUGUAAUAUUUAUUAUGUUUUAAUCCCUGAUUUAAUAAUUAUUUAUUGCAGAAUAUUAUCUCAUGUUUUGAAUAAUCUUGUAAUCAGCGAAUGUUUAUUUAUUUCCUAUGUUAUUUAUUUUUGACUCAAAACAAAGAGAUUUUCCGAGAUUUUCUGUGGAUCAGCCCUCAAAAUAUAAGUUUACAGAACGCUUUGCGAAUGACUCAUGUUAAUUUUGUUUAACCUUCAGCUGGUCUGCAUUCCUAAUAAGAAGAUUGUUAUUGCUCGUUUUUUAAAAGACGAAACUGGGAAAUGUUUUAUUAGGAAAUUAGACACUUAAUUGUAGAGAAAUUACGUGUUUUAGGAAAUAAAUUACAGAUACAAAUGUGCGUUUAUUGAAACCUUUCACUGUUAAAUGUUAGAUUUGUUAUAUAAUUUGUAAACAUUAUAAUGUUUCAGUUUUUCAAGAAAUUACGAUCAAUAGGGAUUAGAAAAAUGAUCUGACAAAAUUUGAAAAAUAUAGAAUUCCCCUUAUGUCGAUGUUUGAAUGUAAUUGGUAUAUUAUGAAGAGUUGUGUUCUCGACCCAUUGACAGAAUCUCAUAAAUGUCAGAUUUUCCCUAUUGAGUAAACUACUGUUCGGAAGAAUAUGUUUCCGAUUUAAGCCACGUCAUUCCAGGAAAAUUAAUUAGAGUGCUUAACUUGGAAAUUAUUCAAGACCGAAAAACUCGUGAAACAGCAAUCAAAAAGAUUGAAGAGCAUUUUUUAUCACGUUAUUCAUGUUUCAAUUAAAUCUUUUUACUAAAUUGACAGGUCGAUAAAUAGCUUGCUUACUAAAGAAGCAAUCAACUAUUAGUAAAACUAGUGUUUAUACCUGUUUUUAUAUGACAUUUCUACUGUUACAUAUUGGGAAUUUGGUUACUGUUUCACGAAUGGUACAUCAGUAAUAUUGCGGUACACAGAACGUUAUUAUAAGUAGUGAAUAUAUUUUUUUAUAUAGAUUGGCGCUGUACUCGGUGCGAUAUUUAAAAGAAUUUACGAUCUAUGAUUUAAAAGGUACCGAAAGCAGUGGUAUGUUGCUUGAUUUAGAAGAAAACGCUUAGUUUCGGAUUAUUUGUAUUGUUACGUUGCAAAGGAUAUUUAUAUAAUUAAAAGUGAGUUUUUACAAGAUUUAAGUGUACCUAAAACUAUAUAAAACGAACUAACCAACUAAAAUGAACUCUAACAGAAUUUGAUAAAAGAAAAAAGGAUAGUGUUAGUACAUGAAGUUUGAAAUUCAUUGAUGAUAGAAAAUGUAGAUUCAGUAUUUCUGAAAUAAAACCUAAUUAAUA